AGGCCGGAGAGGAUCCCAGGAAAGGGAUCGAAGCCCGAAAAGAGCGGCUUCGGUUGCCCGGGAGCUUGGAAGCCGUCCCUCUUCACACCUGGGUCCCUAGCCAAGGUUUUCAGCUAGAUAAGUAAAAGCACGUGAGAAUUGUUUCAACUCCAUAAAACCGUCUCGUGGGGGCGCCAUUUUGAGUAGCUUCUUUUCCGUUCACUGUCAACUCUUCGGAUUAACUCUCCUGCAGUGGCGGCAGAAGAGAGAUGGAAGGUGGCAUGUAAAAGUUAUCACUGACAAGCUUUUUGGCUGUGCGGCUCAAGAGAUACUGAUUUCAGAGUGGUUUGCAGUUUCAUUUUUCUCCCUGGAAUUUGAAGAGGAGGCGGCAGUGGCUUUAUUGAUAAAGGUCUAUGCUCUCCUGCUGAAUCAAUACCCGUUCCUCCCCGAGCUAUGACAAGGAAGGAAAACGAAGGGGAAGCUACGAGCCUGCCUUUAGUCCGAAGCUAAUCGGCUGGACAAGAUGCUCCUGCGGAGUUCCGGGAAGUUGAAUCCGGGCAGCAAGAAGGCAGAUGGGGAGAGCACGGCCCCCACCCCCCGCCCCAAGGUCCUGAGGUGUAAAUGCCACCACCACUGCCCCGAGGACUCGGUCAACAAUAUCUGCAGCACGGACGGAUACUGUUUCACGAUGAUCGAAGAAGAUGAUUCUGGGAUGCCUGUGGUCACAUCAGGGUGCCUGGGACUAGAAGGCUCAGACUUCCAGUGUCGGGACACCCCCAUCCCGCACCAAAGACGAUCCAUCGAGUGCUGCACAGAACGAAACGAAUGUAACAAAGACCUCCACCCUACACUGCCUCCGCUGAAAAACCGAGAUUUUGUCGACAGCACCAUCCACCACAAAGCCUUAUUGAUCUCGGUGACGGUGUGCAGUCUCUUCUUGGUCGUCUUGAUUCUGUUUUGCUACUUCAGGUACAAAAGGCAGGAGCCCAGAGCCCCCUACAGCAUCGGACUGGAGCAGGACGAGACGUACAUCCCGCCCGGAGAAUCCCUGAAAGAUCUGAUCCAACAAUCCCAGAGCUCGGGAAGCGGAUCCGGGCUCCCUCUGCUGGUCCAAAGGACGAUAGCGAAGCAGAUUCAGAUGGUGAAGCAGAUUGGAAAAGGUCGCUACGGGGAAGUUUGGAUGGGAAGGUGGCGUGGCGAAAAAGUAGCCGUCAAGGUGUUUUUCACCACUGAAGAAGCCAGCUGGUUCAGGGAGACGGAAAUAUAUCAGACCGUCUUGAUGCGGCAUGAAAAUAUCUUGGGGUUCAUUGCUGCAGAUAUCAAAGGCACGGGCUCCUGGACCCAGCUGUACCUGAUCACUGACUACCACGAGAAUGGCUCUCUGUAUGACUAUCUGAAAUCCACCACCCUGGACAGCAAGGCCAUGCUAAAGCUGGCCUACUCUUCUGUCAGCGGCUUAUGCCACCUACACACGGAGAUCUUCAGCACCCAAGGCAAGCCAGCGAUUGCCCACCGGGACCUGAAAAGCAAGAACAUCUUGGUGAAGAGAAACGGAACCUGCUGCAUAGCAGACCUGGGUUUGGCAGUGAAGUUCAUUAGUGACACCAACGAGGUGGAUAUCCCCCCCAACACUAGAGUGGGCACGAAACGCUACAUGCCUCCCGAGGUCCUGGACGAGAGCUUGAACCGCAACCACUUCCAGUCAUACAUCAUGGCCGACAUGUACAGUUUUGGUCUCAUCCUAUGGGAGAUCGCUAGGAGAUGUGUGUCUGGAGGGAUCGUAGAAGAAUAUCAGCUCCCCUACCAUGAUCUGGUGCCCAGCGACCCCUCCUACGAGGACGUGAGAGAGACGGUGUGCCUCAAGAAACUGCGGCCUUCCUUUCCCAACAGAUGGCGGAGUGAUGAGUGUCUGAGACAGAUGGGGAAGCUCAUGGCCGAAUGCUGGGCACAUAAUCCCGCCUCUCGACUCACAGCCCUGAGGGUGAAGAAGACGCUGGCCAAAAUGUCAGAAUCCCAGGACAUCAAGCUCUGAUUGGUGAAGCCCAGGCCGGCUGGUGUUUCCCUCACAUGGGGCGAAGUAAGAGAGACCCUAAAGACCUCGGAUGUGACGGCCGCAGACUCGGACCCCCGGAGACCCCCAGGACAAAGCUGGGGGGGUUUCUGGACCCACGGGCCGAGCCGGGCCCUGAGGGAGACGGCUGCGCUGACACGUCCCUAUUGUUGCAUGUUGCUUUCUGUGAAAGCCCUGUAUUUUGGGAUUGGGUGGGGUUUUUUUUAAUAAGAGUCUUGAAUUUCACAAAAAUGCAGCAUCCGGGGCAGAAGCUAAGAAACCCAGAUCACUACAGGAGCCUUCCCCAGGGAUCGUGCCUGAAGGGAAAAGCAGAAUUACAUCUUUCUUUUUCUUUCCCAUUUGUUGAAGAGUGUCGUACUUUAGGAACUGAAAAGGAGAGGCUGAAGCUCAAGGGAGUCAUUGUGGGAGGUGACUUCCCUCUUCUCUGAGCUGCCAUGGUGGGGCCCUUCUCCCCUGCCCUCGGGAGGGAUGGCAGGCACGUGUUCCAGGAAGACCCACAUCCCUGGAUUUCCAUGGAGGGUUCUUAAAGAUUUCUCUGAUUCUUGGUGCUGCCCAGCCCUGCUUUGAGGACCAGCCAAAGUCAACCCCAGAGAUGAGUUUGUCUGGAGGAAGGAUGGAGGUGGGAUGGAGCAGAACCGGGCUAAGGGCCUGCCACCAGGAGCCACCCGACAGCGGCCUGGGGGGAGAAGUGACCUUUGUUUUAUCCCAACAUGCUCUCUGCCUCCAGAGAGGGGGUGGCCUCUUCCCCCCUGGCUUCAUGGGGAAGUUCACAACUUCCUUUCUCAUGGAGCAGAGAAGCAUCACUUCUCAAGAGGAUAAAGAGCGGAGCUGGGUUAACUGGACAUAAUUCAAACCAGGUUGUCUUUAGGGUCCCAAUGCAGCCUCUGGACUCUUCCUUUUAGAAUGUCUUCCUAGUCCUGUGAUAAAGGCUUCACUUCUUAAUUUA